GAGGAAGAGAGGGGACAUGAGGGUAAAUAAACAAAACGCCCAUAGAACACAUUGAUCCUCUCCACGUGAUGUCACAUUCAUCACUGGGCAAUGGGGCCAGUGAGAGAGAAGGGGGCAAAACGAGAGAGACAGAGAUGUAUAUGUUUUUGUGAAGGCUGGAUUCUAACAGAGAGGUACUAUCGGGAUUGUUAGAAGGUCUCCACAGUUCAACAUGACUAAAAGAAACUCAAAACUCAGAUGGUUACUUCUCAUCCACCUCUUACUGUCUGAUGUAGUAUUUGGCAGAGCUCCACUCCCUCAAAGUAACCCGAGGCCUUCAGUCACUUUAAUGCCUCAAACAGAGCAAGUAGAAUCACGAGUCGUUGAAGAUGAUCUUUCUGUUGCCCAUCAGUUGGUCUCAAACCUCUCAGCCUCUCUACAAGGUCAGCUGGAUCUCCAAAGCAAUGUAAGCUGUGCAGAGCUCUCACAUGGGGGCUGGAGUGGAAAGGGUUUCUCUCAGGAGCUAUUAGGGUUGGCAAUGGUGCCAGUGCUGGCGUCAGCAGGAUGUUUGUUUGAAGCCCAAGCGCUGGUAAUGCAACUCUAUGCGGUGUUGGGGCAAAAUGAUACACAUGAAUUUUUACAGGACAUUCUGGAGCUGAUCAAGAGAGGUAAAGAGAGAGAUUCAGCACACAUGGCCCAUCACAGUGUAUUCCAAACCCCUUCUUCUCAUUCUAUGCUGAACUCUGAGUCUCAACGCCACCUACAGGCUGUAAUAUUUAACAUUCAUCAGCUAGCUGAGGUGGGAGAGAAAGAUAAUAAGGGUAAAGUUGGGCCUAGUGGGAAUUGCAAUGGAUGGGUUAGAGUGGAAGGCACUCGGUUUCUCGGGCAGGCCAUAGAACAGAGCAAGCCAUUGUUUCUUGAAGAAGCACAGCAGGCUUGUGGAAGCUUGGGAUUCCAAUGUGCAGGUGUGACCCAGGAUGGCGAUUCUGGACAUUUCCGUGUUAUCUUGAGGCCUGGAAGCCGUGUAGUGCCUUCAUCUAACUUUGAGAGCUGGAUCCAGAGUUGCAAAGUGGGGUCUGUCCGUUGGCGCAGAAACGGGAUCCCUCAACAUCACUGUGUAAAUGAAAAAGAGGAGCGAGUGUAUACAGUAGUGGAGUGGAUUCCAGCAGUCUCCACGCUGUAUAAUCUGGGAACAGCCGUUUACUAUGCUUCGGUCAGCUGCUAUGACACUGCAAAAGAGAGAGCCAUCUUCAGCACUGUGGAUCUGGGCACAGAUGCCCUCAUGGCUGCAACAGGGGGAACCGCGGGGGUUGCUGGUUAUGCGUUGGGGGCUGGUUUAAAAACAGGUGUGAAGGCAGGGAUUAAAUAUCUGCUGAACAGCAUGAAAGAGGAAGAUGACCUGGUAAUGAACCAGAACAGCUGGGAGGAUGGAACGCUCACUGUCCAGUAAAAGACCAAGUAGAAACUGAUGAGGAGAUUCAAGAACAACAGCUGCAUUGAUCCAGGGCCUCAAGGAUGUUUCCACCUGUAGUAAAUGAUGUUUAGAAUGCUCUAUUUCUAUAUGUUCAGUCAUAAUAAAUAUGUUCAGUCAUAAAUACCUUAAUAUCCAAAAGGUAUUUAAUGACAUCAGCAGGAAGUUUUUAGUAGGAAAUAAUAACAGCCCAAACAUGAGCAUUGUUUUUCCCGCAUUCAACAUUCUAUACUGUUAGGUUAUAGAAAUAUGACAUUUUGAUUUUUAUAUAUUAUACUAUUAUAAUAUGAUAUAAUGUAUCAUUAAUGUUUCAGAAGACAUCCUUUUUAUGCAGCAUGCUUAAUUUUCUUGUCAUUAUGUAAAUAAUGCCUGAGUUUGAGCAUAUUUCUUAAAGUCUGGUAUUCAUAUAAACUCUAUUUUAAUUUAGUUACAGACUUCAAACUGUACUGGACAACAGGAAUGACUUAUAACGUAGCUGCUCAAGAUUUACAUCAGUUCUCCAGCGUCAGCGGAGACUUUGACUCAUGUUAAGCAUGGGUAAUAUUUAACUGUUAUAGGCCAUCAGUGGCAGGAGCAACUAGAACACUACUAGAUUACAAGAUAAACAGAAUAGACAGCACAAAACCAAAUUGUAUAACUUUGUAUAUGUAAUUGGUGUAUAGCAGUUACAAGUAAAAUCAAAUAGAAAUGUUUCUACCAGUUUCGAACUCCUUGUUUUAUAUAAAUGUAUAAUCGUGUUUUAUAUAUGCAUAGUGUAAAAUAAAGAAAAGUAUUAUUAACGUA